AUGAUGGCUUUAAAAAUGUUAUACCGAGGACCUAGUUCAAGACUUGAAAAUCUUAUAGAAAAAAUCCAGGCUACCAAAGAGAUUGUUAAUGCUGAUAUGUAUUCUACACACACCUCUUCCAGUUAUUCACCUUCCAUAUCUGAUGGUACCCUAACCCCGAAUUCCUUGCAUCAUCACCAGCACUUGCCGGUGCCGUCGCAUUUGGCCUUUGCCGCAUCCAGUUACGAUGAUGAGGCUCUGCUGCAGUCACAACAAUGUCUGUCAAAGCCAAAAACUAAUGGAACCACAGAUGCAGCCGACUAUGACGGGGAGGAGAACUGCGAAAAAGCUAAUAAGAAUGACACAAACCCAAAUGCCACAGAGGACGGCGUAGACAACGGUAGCACAAAUGUUGCCGAAGGUGGUGAUGGCAGAGACCAACAAGCUCAACAAAGCCAUCAGCGUCAGCACCAUCAUCACCAUCAUCACCAUCCAGGGCAACAUCUUAAGCGUAAUGGUCGUCAUCAUCGCUAUGCUGAACAUGCCUUGAGGAUUCCUUCAAAAUUACGUAAAAUUGAAAGGGAUUCAGCAGCGGUGGGCAACGGCAGUGGCACAACUGCACUCAAGUUUGAUAAGUUGACAGGCGAUGGCAUUAAAAGUAGCAGUACCGGUGCCGACGGAUCCUAUCAAUGUCAGUUCUGUGAUAAAUCAUUUCCGCGACUUGGUUAUCUAAAAAAGCAUGAACAGAGUCAUGCCGAACACUUGCCAUUCAAAUGUGACUACUGUGCCCGCCUUUUCAAGCACAAGAGAUCCCGAGACCGACAUACCAAAUUGCAUACCGGAGAUCGGCGUUAUCGCUGCCCGCAUUGUGAGGCUGCAUUUUCACGAAGCGACCAUUUGAAAAUUCACAUGAAAACGCACGACAACCAGAAGCCAUUCCAAUGCACAAUAUGCAAUCGCGGCUACAAUACCGCAGCGGCCCUGACGUCACAUAUGCAGAAUCACAAGAAACAAGCGGCGCUCCUGGCAGCAGGCGGCAAUCCCCAGGCACUGAAUUAUAGUCCCCGCUCCACAGGAUCCGCAUCGAGUAAUGGCAGUCUACAGAAGCGACGUUACGCUCUGGCAGUGGGAGGAGACCACAGCCCCAGCCGCCUAGAAUUCAGCAAACGUGGUCGAUCGUCGUCUUCGAAUGUACUGAAAUGCACAUUCUGUUCCAAAUCAGAUUUCUCGACUGUGGAACAGUUGAACUCUCACCUCCAGAGUCAACAUGAAAAAGAAUUAGUCCAUUCGAUGACACCGCCCUCAAACCCGGUGGCAACUGAUGCGGCAAACUUCCAGAUGGCCUGCGAGUACUGCACCAUGAAGUUCUCCAACAUUGCAGCCAUGUUCCAGCACAUGCGUUCGGCCCAUGUGGAUCGUCUGACCAGCCCCAACUCAUACUUUGAACACUUCAACAGGCUGGCAGCUUCGGGAACUUUCAGCCCGCGACUACUGACCGGACAGCCUCUUCGAAGCUCCGCCAGUGGUGAUGACAAUAGUAUCAAAGAGGAACAACAUCUGACAAGUCCAAAGUCUGUGGAUGCAAGCGCUCGCCAUAGCGAAGACGAGCCCACGGAUUUGAGCCAGAACAAUCGACGAUCGAUUACACCCGCAACGACGCCCCAAAAAUCGCCUCAUGAAACUACGCCUGCCGAAAAGCCUGGUGUAUUUUUGUGUAACCAAUGCAAUGCUGGUUUGCCGGACUUUGAAUCAUUCCGCAAUCAUUUGAAAUCUCACAUUGCCCAAGGCUUGAAUUUAGUGUGCCAUCACUGUGGCCUAAUGCUGCGGGAACAAUCGGAAUACGAGAGACACGUUAUCUCGCAUUUUCUCAUUACUAAUUCAGAGUAUAAUUGCACGUCCUCGUGUCAGAAAUCCUUCGGCAAGCCAGAAGAGCUCCAAAAGCACCUCAUCGAUCAGCAUACGGUAACAAUGUAUAAGUGUGGACUGUGCAGCGAGAUGUUCGAAACUAAAGUAGCCAUUCAGGUGCACUUUGCCUGUACACACUCUGCCGAAACGAAGUUGUUUCGUUGCUCUGCAUGUAUGGAUGUGUUCCGCACGGAAAAUGAUUUCAAUAUACAUGUGAAAUCACGACAUCAAGCUGUCAAUAACAACCCUCCUCCAGUCAACUCACUGCAAUGCAUGUUCUGUCGUACAGUGUGUUCCUCCGAUUUAGAGAUGCAGUUCCAUCUGGCCGCCCAUGCUAGGCAAUUCCGUUGUCCAUCCUGUCCUGAAACGUUCCAUGUUGAAUUCCUAUUGGAUCGUCAUAUGCAAACCCAUCACGGUGGCAUGGAACGUCCACCCACCGCACCCAAGGACACUUUCGAAGAGCAUUCGCCACCCGUUGCCAACAAUGCCAUAAGCCCCAUGAACUCUCUGUAUGUCAAUGCACUCUUCGGCAAGGGUCCAUUGAUGCCGCUGGCCGCUCAAAACAACAACAACAGCAUUUUGGAUUACAACAUGGCUUUUGCGUCGCAUCUCAACAAGGGGCUGUUCCCAAAUGCAGCCGCCAAUAAAUUUUACAAUCCCCUGCAAAUCGACACCAAUGCAAUGAAGCACUCCGCUUUGAUGUACGGACUGUCGCAGCGUUACUUCGACACAAAUCGCACGGUUAUGGAAAUGUACCAACAACAGCAGCAGCAGCAACAUCAUCUACAAGAGAAUACCAAAGCCGGCGGCAAUUACUUCGUAAGUCCGAAACAACCCGCCAACACACCCCACAUAUCCGCGUCGGAUAGUCAUGUUCGCAACGAGUUAACGUCGUCGCCCUCCACAGGCUUUAGUUGUGGCAUUUGUGAGCGCAACGAUUUUCGCACCGAGUCCGAGGUGCAUUCUCAUCGUAAGAUAGUUCACAACCUCAAAACUGGAGUAAGCCUGAAGUGUGCCUACUGUUCGGGAAAUUUCAAGUCGCGCAGUGAACUGGAACACCACAUGAAGACAUGUCACAAUUCCACUGGCAAACACAAGUGUCUGAUUUGCGAUGAAAUCUUUCCCUCGCCAGCCAUAUUGGCGGAGCAUAAGUUGCAGCAUUCCAAAGUUGGGCAAUCGGGAAGAUGUUCACACUGCUCCAAACCUUUGCCAGAUGUGAGCGCAUUCAAAGCCCACCUUGCCGACCACAACGCGGAAGGCCAAAUGCCCGUCCAGUGUAUAUGUUGUCGUCAAACCUUACAUUCUGAGUUCGAAAUUGGCCUGCAUGCAAAAUUCCAUGUAAAAGCAUCUAAUGUGUCGGAGAACGUCUGUGCUCUGUGCCUUGAACCAAUUUCAAGUUCGCCCUCCGAAGCCAAGGUCUGUGAGAAAUGCUGUCGCAAACACAAUCUCAGCAACAAGUUCAAACAACAGCGCGAGCAAUACGAGCAGCGAUCCAAUUCCGACGCUAGACAGUACGUCGCCAACCGCUGUAACCUAUGUAAAAUGAUUUUGCCUCACGCUCAAAAGCUGCAGGAACACUUGGUCGAGCACACAUUUGCUGGAUGUGAAGAUCGUGGCUUCAACUGUUAUAUUUGUUCAUCGGUCUUUACUGCGCCUGGCGGCCUAUUAAGCCACAUGCUGGAUCAUGGAACCAACUCCAAACCCUAUGACUGUAAUUUGUGCCCCGAAAAGUUCUAUUUCCGCGCAGAACUCGAUCAUCACCUAAUCGAUCAUGAUAUAAGAGAAAUGGCCCCGCUGAAAAAUGAAUGUGAUUCGGUGGCACCUCAACGGGAGCAUGGCGCCGCACCGGAAACCACCGCCCCCGAACCUACAAGGCCAGAGAAUGUACAACUUUUAAAUGAAGUAAAACAGGAAAUAAUCGAAAGUGAUCAACAUAAUCAAGCCGAAGAUGAUGAAUAUAUUGAGGUGGAGAAAUUGCAUGACAACAACAAUCAAGUGUCGGCCAAAGAGCGGGAUGAAGACGAUGUGAACAAAUGUUCUGAGACGUCUCAAGAGAAUACAGACUCGUAA